GUCAAAACAGCGUGUUGAUUUGCUUUGGUGUAGAACACGUGAAAUAUAAUAUUUAUUUCUUCAGUUUUUAUAAGAGUACUGUAAAUAUUUAUACUCCAUUCAUGUGCAAUGGUGGUAGCUCCCGAAAUGUCUAAGCCAGUACUAAAAGUUUCAGUGUCCGACGAUGAUUCAAGUGAUGCUGCGUCAGAAGGGUCAGAGAAUGAAGAGGGGAUGGAAAUUGAAGCAUCAGGUGACGAAAGUGGCAACUCUGCCUCCGGGGAAGACAACAGUGAAGAUGAAGAUACUGUAAUGACCAACAAAGGAUGGGGCGAUUCCAUAUCAAAGAUUCUUAGCGCCACUAAACCUAAAAAUAAGAAGACUUUGGUAUUAUCUAGAGCUAAGAAGUAUUCUGCAGUGGAAAAGGUUGAAAAGGAAGAAAAACCAGCUUUUGAGGUGAUUGGGGAAACUAAAGAAGAAAAGCCAGUGCUUAAGAAAGAAGAUCCAGAUGCUUCCGAACCAGCACCUAAAAAGAAAAAAAAUGAAAAGCCCUCAAUAAGAGUAAAACCCAACAUAUUAGAAAAAGAUAGAGAAAGAUUAUUAAACAAGAUAGCAACAAAGGGUGUUGUGCAACUGUUUAAUGCAGUAAGAAACCAACAGAAGACUUUAGAUAAAGAAAUGGAUAGGAGCGAUCUAUCUGAAGCUAAGAAGGAGAAAAUCUUAAAGAAAUUUGACAAAAGAGCCUUUUUGGAUACUCUCAUGGGACAGACAAAGUCGGUAGUUGUGGAUCAGGAGACUAAAGCCCCUAAGAAUGAGGUGAAAACUGAGGAAGAGAAACCUCGGUGGAAUGCAUUAAGGGAUGACUUCAUGAUGGGUGCCAAGAUGAAAGAUUGGGACAAAGAGUCUGUGGACGAAUAAUUUAAUAUGUUAAUUGUAAAUACAUUAAUAAAUAAUCUUAAAUUUA